CAGACUUCGUUCAGGAGCCGACAUGAAGCGCAAGCUCCGGUGGUUUGACCUCGUCUCUCUUGGUAUCGGUGGAAUGCUCGGAGUCGGUGUCUUCGUGACCACCGGACCCGUCGCACGUGACAUCUCUGGCCCAGCAGUAUUCAUUUCCUACGUCGUCGCUGGUUUCUCGGCACUUUUGUCCUCACUUUGCUACACAGAGUUCUCAGUUAACGUUCCUGUCGCCGGUGGAGCUUUCAGUUAUCUCCGAGUCACUUUCGGUGAGUUCAUCGGGUAUUUCGGAGGAGUCAAUAUAUUAUUGGAGUACGUUUUAUCAAACGCGGCGAUUGCUAGAAGCUUUACGGAGUAUAUGUGUACUGCCAUUGGCGUUUCUGAUCCAAACGCUUGGAGAAUCAAAGUGAAUGGUCUUACGAAAGGUUACAAUGAACUUGAUUUUCCUGCCGUCGCACUUGUUCUUAUCCUCACUCUUUGCCUUUGCCAUAGCACGAAGGAAAGCUCCAUGCUGAACCUAGUGAUGACGGUGUUCCACGUAAUAUUCUUCGGAUUUGUAAUAAUCGCCGGAUUCUGUCACGGUAACGGAGUCAAGGCGCUAGUGGAGCCUGGAGGUCUGACUCCAUACGGUGUUCGCGGAGUGGUUAACGGAGCUGCCGUCGUCUACUUCAGCUACAUUGGAUAUGAUACCGUUUCCACUCUUGCUGAAGAGAUCCAAAACCCUUCCUUCAGUCUUCCCGUUGGAAUCAUCGGCUCCGUCUCCAUAGUCUCCGUUCUCUAUUGUCUCAUGUCUCUCGUACUCUGCGUCAUGGUCCCCUACGAUGAGAUAUCAAAGAGCGCGUCUUAUGCGGUUGCGUUUCGGAGGAUCAGGUGGGGUUGGGCAGGGAAUGUGGUUGGUGCAGGUGCGAGUCUAGGGAUCGUGGCAUCGCUUUUAGUGGCGAUGUUAGGGCAAGCGAGAUACCUUUGUAUGAUCGGAAGAGCCAGGCUGGUCCCGUCAUGGCUCGCCAAGGUUCAUCCUUCUACAGGAACUCCCUUGAACGCUACUCUCUUUCUCGGCAUAUGCACAGCUGCGAUUGCGUUGUUCACCGAUCUAGAAAUAGUGAUGGAGCUGAUUUCCCUCGGAACGCUCUGUGUUUUCUACCUAGUCGCAAAUGCUCUUCUCUAUCGCAAAUACACCUUAACAGGCCAAAACGCACCUUUUCACACACUCUCGUUUCUUGCCCUCCUAUCUUCUUUCUCACUGGCGUUCUCCCUCUGGUGGAAACUUAACAAACCGUGGUGGGGCCUGACGCUAUUUAUUGCAAUCACUAUAGCAGUCACUGCGUUUUUCCAAUACCACAUGUGGUCUACGGCUAAUAAGAAUCUUCUGCCACCUUGUCCAUCGAAAUGGUCGGUGCCGUUUAUGCCGUGGCCGGCAGCAGCUUCAGUGUUCCUUAAUGUUUUUCUAACGACAACACUAAAAACGUUGUCGUUUCAGAGGUUUGCGAUUUGGACGUGCCUUGUAACGGUGUUCUAUGUGUUGUAUGGCGUUCAUAGGACUUAUGAGGCGGAAGAGAUGGAUAAAGUAGAGGUUGUUGAAACUCAUGUGACUAGCACGAGGGUGCAACCGUUAAAGUUGGACAAGGUUCAAAUGGCAAUUCCUUAA